AUGAACGGUGAAGGUCUGUGCAUUGCCGCUUUUUCAUUUCUUGCAUUCGUCCUUUUGAUCCCACCGUUUGCAUAUCAUCGCAAACAAGGAAAUAUUCCAGCUUGCAGUUUAAUCUUCUGGCUCUGCUAUGAGAAUCUAGUAUCCUUUGUUAAUGCCAUUAUUUGGAGCAGUGAAGAUUUUGACACUGCUACCACUGCUCCAGGGUACUGCGACUUGACCGUGAGAAUUACCAGUGGUGCAUCUUCAGGGAAGUUGGCUAGCAUUGCAACUGUCAUGUUCAACUUAUACAUGAUUAUCAGGGCAGAAAAUCAUAAAUUUUUGGAGCCAAAGUCCAAAAGACGGUUGAUCACAAACAUCGCCAUGUGCUGGGCAACAUCUUUAUUCGUCAUGAGCACAUCCAUCAUCGUUCAAGCAACAAGAUACGUCAUCUUCAGGUACAGAGGCUGUCUCGCAGCGUAUGCAUAUUCGUACUUGACACUUAUCUUGGUGCAAAUUUGGAACCUUAUCUGGUCAGCCAUCGCCUUAGUAUUUGCUCUUCUCACAUUGAUAACAUACGUCAAGAAGCGCAGAGAUAUCGGUGACAUCUUGCGCUGCACGGGCUCCGGACUCAACAACAGAAGAUUUGCUCGCUUGGUCAUUUUCAGUUUGCUUAUCAUCUUCGUGUUGGUGCCAUUCGCCGUCUAUAACUUCGUAAAUGCUGCUGACACCUUUGGAGUUGCGUCUUUUAACUUGUCCAAAGUCCAUAACGAGUAUUGGAGCACCAUAUACACUUUUGAUUACGGCACCUCUCAGUUGGCCUCCCCUAUCAUCAACAUUUGCCUCGCGGCCGUUACCUUCCUACUUUUUGGACUAGGUACGGAUGCCUUAUCGAUGUACCGCCGCUUCCUCCACUUCCUUGGCUUCAAGAGAUUCUCGAAGUUUGCUGAUGAACACCCAAUGAUAUCUCCUGAGUUCACCGAGAGCAAAUGUAUGUCAAGGGAAACCGCUCUAACGGAAGGCACGUUAGCCACCAUGCAUGAGCUUAAACAUUACAAGGAGCUUGUGUUUGGUGACUCUGAAAGUCCGUUCGAUGUGCCUAGCACCAUCAAAGAUGGCAAAGAUGUGAUCCGCAUCUCAAAUGAUGACAAUGUAUCAAUCAAUUUUGACGACCAGAUAAGUUACAACACAGAUAUAGCCUUCGAUUUUCGUGUUGUUCCCAAAUAA